CUUGUUGGGAAGAGAGCAGCUCCAUUUCAGAGCCCCCUCCUUUAAUCUUGAUAGCUCCUCGUGAAGUUCCAUGCAGCUCAUUUUUCUCCCCAUCUUUGCCCAGUUUACUAGCACUUUUACAUGUCAGGAUGUUCCUGCACUGGGAAGCCCCCUACUACAUCUUUCUUCUGCUGACACAUAUGAGGUCUUGCUGCUGCUGGUCAGUGAAUAAUUUCUUGAUGACUGGACCCAAGGCAUACCUGAUCUACUCAAGCAGUGUGGCAGCAGGAGCUCAGAGUGGCAUAGAAGAAUGCAAACACCAGUUUGCUUGGGACCGCUGGAACUGCCCAGAGAGAGCCCUUCAGCUGUCCACUCACAGCAGCCUGCGCAGCGCGAAUCGAGAAGCUGCGUUUGUCCACGCCAUCAGCUCUGCUGGGGUCAUGUACACCCUGACCAGGAACUGCAGUCUGGGAGACUUUGACAACUGUGGCUGCGAUGACAGCAGAAACGGACAGCGAGGUGGUCACGGCUGGCUCUGGGGAGGCUGCAGCGAUAAUGUUGGCUUUGGUGAGGCCAUUUCCAAACAGUUUGUUGAUGCUUUGGAGACCGGUCAGGAUGCUCGCGCAGCAAUGAAUCUUCACAAUAAUGAGGCUGGACGCAAGGCUGUUAAAGGGACCAUGCAGAAGACGUGCAAGUGUCACGGCGUGUCAGGAAGUUGUACAACUCAGACCUGUUGGCUGCAGCUGCCGGAGUUCAGAGAAGUGGGGAACUACCUUAAGGAGAAAUACCACCGGGCGCUGAAAGUGGACCUCCUACGAGGAGCAGGGAACAGUGCAGCCAGUCGAGGAGCUAUCGCAGAGACCUUCAGCUCCAUCUCCCGCAAGGAGCUGGUCCACCUUGAAGACUCUCCUGAUUACUGCCUGGAGAACCGCACCCUGGGUUUGCCGGGCACAGAGGGCCGGGAGUGCCUGAAGAAGGGCAAGAACUUGAGCAAGUGGGAGAAACGGAGCUGCAAAAGGUUAUGCGGAGAGUGCGGGCUGGCUGUGGAGGAGCGCAAGGCUGAGAUGGUGUCGAGCUGUAAUUGCAAAUUCCACUGGUGUUGCGCGGUGAAGUGUGAGCAGUGCCGAAAAACAGUGACCAAGUACUUUUGUGUGAAAAAGGGAGGUCAGAGGGGAAGGAAUGAGAGCGCCACCGGACGCCGGAAGAACCUGAGACUGCGGAAGAAGCACUAAACUUCUUCCAUGCAUAUCUCCAAGAAUUCAUCCUGCCUAUCCUGCAAACGUACAGCCCUAAAGAUAAUGUUUGUUCCAGAUGAAAUACAAGAAGAAAAAAAAACCUUUAUUAAGGUUUUUGAAAUAACGGUUAAUU